AUGGUAACACUAUGUUUACUAAUCUUGCAGCAAUUCUACAAAGUGGUGCCUAUUAAAGACAUCAGGAACCUGUAUGUGACUUUCCCCAUCCCGGACCUCCAGAAGUACUACAAGUCUAACCCGGGACAUUAUCUGGGACAUUUGAUUGGUCACGAGGGACCCGGAAGUUUGUUAUCUGAGCUCAAAUCUAAAGGCUGGGUGAACACACUUGUUGGAGGGCAAAAAGAAGGAGCCCGAGGAUUCAUGUUCUUCAUCAUCAACGUGGACUUGACUGAGGAGGGCCUCUUGCACGUUGAGGACAUCAUCUUCCACAUGUUCCAGUACAUCCAGAAACUGCGUACUGAGGGACCUCAGGCGUGGGUGUUCGAUGAGUGCAAGGAUUUAAACAAAGUGGCCUUCAGGUUCAAGGACAAGGAGCGACCCCGUGGCUACACAUCCAAAGUGGCUGGUCUAGUACACUACUACCCUCUUGAAGAGAUUCUAGCAGCAGAGUACCUCCUGGAGGACUUCAGGCCAGACCUGAUCGAGAUGGUGCUGGAUAAGCUGAGACCUGACCACGUCAGAGUUGCAGUGGUGUCAAAGUCAUUUGAAGGGCAAACAGACAAGACGGAGGAGUGGUAUGGCACGCAGUACAAACAGGAGGCCAUCUCUGAGGAGUCCCUCGAGAAAUGGGCAAGUGCAGACCUCAACGGCAAGUUCAAAUUGCCUAUGAAAAACGAGUUCAUCCCAACCAACUUCGAGAUCUACCCUCUGGAGAAAGACUCUCCAUCAGUACCCACUUUAAUCAAGGACACUGCUAUGAGCAAGGUGUGGUUCAAGCAGGACGACAAGUUCUUCCUGCCGAAAGCUUGCCUGAACUUUGAGUUCUUCAGCCCCUUUGCUUAUGUGGACCCAUUGCAUUGCAACAUGGCAUAUUUAUACCUUGAGCUCCUCAAGGACUCCCUCAACGAGUAUGCAUAUGCAGCCGAGCUAGCCGGCUUGAACUAUGACCUCCAAAAUACCGUCUAUGGGAUGUAUCUGUCCGUCAAAGGCUACAGUGACAAACAGCACAUCCUGCUGAAGAAGAUCGUUGAGAAGAUGGCCAGCUUUGAGAUAGACGAGAAGCGCUUCGACAUCAUCAAAGAAGCGUACAUGAGGUCUUUGAAUAACUUCAGAGCCGAGCAGCCUCACCAGCACGCCAUGUACUACCUCCGUCUGCUAAUGACUGAGGUAGCUUGGACCAAAGAUGAGCUCAGAGAGGCUCUAGAUGAUGUGACUCUCCCACGUCUCAAGGCCUUCAUACCUCAGCUAUUGUCACGGUUACAUAUUGAAGCCCUUCUCCAUGGCAACAUCACCAAGGAGUCUGCUCUUGGCAUGAUACAGAUGCUGGAGGACACGCUCAUUGAAAAUGCUCAAUCAAAGCCCCUCCUCCCGAGCCAGCUGACUCGCUACAGAGAGGUGCAGGUUCCAGACGGUGGCUGGUAUGUUUACCAGCAGAGGAACGAGGUGCACAACAAUUGCGGCAUUGAGAUCUACUAUCAGACCGACAUGCAGACCACCCACGACAACAUGCUGCUGGAGCUCUUCUGCCAGAUCGUCUCGGAGCCCUGCUUCAAUACACUGAGAACCAAAGAGCAGCUGGGCUAUAUUGUGUUCAGCGGGCCCCGGCGGGCUAACGGGGUGCAGGGCCUGCACUUCAUCAUCCAGUCGGAGAAGGCGCCCCACUACCUGGAGAGCCGCGUGGAGGCGUUCCUCUGCACCAUGGAGAAGUCUGUGGAGGAGAUGGCCGACGAAGCCUUCCAGAAGCACAUCCAGGCUCUGGCCAUCCGCCGCCUGGACAAGCCCAAGAAGCUGUCUGCCGAGUGUGCCAAGUACUGGGGAGAGAUCAUCUCUCAACAGUACAACUUUGACAGAGAUAACACUGAAGUGUCCUUCCUGAAGACUCUGACGAAGGAAAACAUAAUGCACUUCUACAGAGAACGACUGACCGUCGAAGCCCCGAAGAGACAUAAGGUGUCCGUGCACGUCCUGUCCAGAGAGAUGGACUCCUGUCCAAUAGUGGGAGAGUUCCCCGCUCAGAAUGAUGUCAACCUGGCCCCCGCUCCUUCCCUGCCACAGCCCACGCUGGUUCAGGACAUGACGGAGUUCAAGAGGAGCCUGCCUCUCUUCCCGUUGGUCAAGCCUCACAUCAACUUCAUGGCCGCCAAACUGUGAGAGAGGCCGGCAGGUCGACGUGCAGCAAGGAGGCGCUGGGGAGGGUCCCCCCCCACCUCCCUCCGCUUCCUGUUAGGAAGACUUGAAUCUGACUGAUCCUGUGUGUGUGUGUUUAUUUGUUUGUUUGUUUGUUUGCCGGGUGCAUGUGAAUGCGCACGUGUGCACGAGUGGCCGGCUGGAGCCACUAGAAGAGCUGCUUGAGGGAGAAAAAGAAACGCGUGCAUUUGACUCCCACAGUUAGCCGUGGUUGUGGACAGAGCUGCGAUGAGGUCACUCCAGACUCACCUCCAUGUUGUUCGUCUCACGCGCAUCACAACACUGUGCAGGCUGUUGUAGAGGAAAUGGAACCAACCGUAACAAUAAUAAAAGAGACGAGGGGCCCGAUCCCUUUUAAUCAAGUCCAAGUAUACUGCAGAGGCUUCACAGUAGGAGGCGUUGUUUUUUUUAACUGUUCAGACAUGCUGCUUUGAGAAUGAUAGCUGGUUUAUUGUGUCCGCUCCAUGAAGGUCUUCUCUUUUUAUUUGUUAGCCAUGUUAUCUCUCCCGACCACCUAAAAGACGCUCGGUCACACGGAACAUUUUAUUCAAGUUGUUGCAUUUCUGAAGAACGUCUGCUGAGUAAUUGUGGUUUUAACCCUCGCAGGUGUUUGUUUGCUGGUGAACUGGUGGAGCGUUGGGACCCUUUGAGGAGCUGUUUGCUAAACACGGAGAGCCGUGCCCUGGAAGAUAGUUUUUAUUUUAAUUCUAUUGCAUUUUUACAGUAGUAUGUAAUCAUACACCUCAGGGGUACCUCUAUGCUGUUUUUUAGCAUUUUACUAGUGAUUGAUUAUAAAAAAAAAAAUACUUUUUAUCCGUCUGUCAUUAGGCUACUUUGUUCACAUCACUGAUUGUGAUCAAAUCCUCCGAGUUAUUUUUGUAAAACUGAAGAAAUAACAGCGACGGUAUUUGUUUCUUUUAGUUUGGAAAGUUCCAGGGAGACUGUCAUGAUUCUCUCACUCUGGGUCUGCAUGUGAGACUUUCUGCAGCUUGUGCCUUUCCGGGAUUGGGGGGGGGGGGGGCAGUAUUGAGUUUCUGGCUGCACUGGACUGCUCCUGUUCCGAUCCGGGGCAAAACCCUGGAGACUCGAACCCUCCUAAAUUGCUGAGCUGUGCUCUAGCUAGCUUUUUUUCUUUUUUUUUCUUUGAAUGUCUAAAAGGGGGUUAAAAACAAACCGAUAUAUGCACUUCUCUCACUAAGCAAUAAACUGAACGAUGUGGACAGGGAACCGUGAGAUGUGGCUUCACACGGCUGAGCACCUCCGACCUGAACCAGGUCCAGGACUCUGUCCGCUCCGAGUGGCUGCCGAUGGUGGCGUCGGUGCCACCCGAGCGUGACCCGCCCUCUCGGGCGCUAACCGGCUCUGCUGAGUCAAACCGCUCUGUUCAAACAGCCAGAAAGUUCCGACUUGAAUCUUUCCCCCCUCCUUACCUGCUCUCAGGCCGAGUUCAUUAGCUCAAAUGAUGAUGCUGCAGUUUUAAAAAGAAUGCUUUUGUGUGGGGGGGGGGGCGUUUGUAAGGGAGUACCUGUAUGAUCGUGUUGUAUUAAAAGCUUCUUCAAUGUUUUCCAGUGUUUUGCUGUUUCAACCUGAUCAAAACUAUUUCAAUUAUUUUAAAGUAACAAAAAAAGGCAGCAUGAUCUUUUAGUAGUGCAACCCCAAAGAGCAGCAGCAGCUUAGUUAGAGGCCGUAGCUGGACAGCACCUGUGGAUGGAGACCAAGCCGCUUUCAUGCAGUGUUCAGAAGGAAUCAGCAACAGAGCCGUGCACUGUUUAUCUAGUGAUGUACCUGUGAUUGGGUUACAUUUAGGAAGUCCGAAGCAUAUUUCAUUUCUGAAUGUCUUUCACGACUCUAGAGACUGAUUGUCCGGUGACAUUUUGACUUUAUUCUUUUUAUUGUCUCCUGUGUGUUUCUGAUUAAUAAACUACUGAAUGGAACAGUG